GGAGGAAGAGGAGGAGAGGAGGAGAGGAGGAGAGGAGCGCACCAGACAGCAGCUGUCCAUGUGUUCAUGUGUUGCGCGCAGCUUCGCUCUACUACUUGAAAACAAAUUGCACGCUAUACUUAGCCUACUUGAAGAUAAACGUUGUUAUUAAAAGGCAGCUUUUUGUGCGUUUUCCAGUAAUCAUGCAGGAUAGAAGCACAUUUAGGAGCCCUUUCCCCAGAGCGAGGUGUCUGGCAGCGGCUGCAGCGGCGCCAGCGGGGAAAGCCAAGUUAACUCAUCCUGGGAAGGCGAUCCUGGCCGGCGGACUCGCAGGCGGCAUAGAGAUCUGCAUCACCUUCCCCACAGAGUACGUCAAGACCCAGUUACAGCUGGAUGAGAAGGCCAAUCCACCCAAAUACAGAGGAAUAGGUGACUGUGUGAAACAGACGGUUCAGGGUCACGGUGUUAAAGGACUGUACCGAGGACUCAGCUCACUGGUGUAUGGAUCCAUACCCAAAUCUGCUGUCAGGUUCGGGGUGUUUGAGUUCCUCAGCAACCGCGCGAGAGAUGAGUCGGGUCGGCUGGACAGCACCAAAGGCCUGCUGUGCGGGCUCGGAGCCGGCGUCAUGGAGGCUGUUCUGGUGGUCUGUCCCAUGGAAACGAUCAAGGUUAAAUUCAUUCAUGACCAGACUUCAGCCAACCCCAAAUACAAGGGCUUCUACCACGGAGUCAGAGAGAUUGUCAGGGUUCAAGGAAUAAGAGGGACUUACCAGGGUCUCACUGCCACGGUCCUUAAACAAGGCUCCAACCAGGCGAUUCGGUUCUACGUGAUGACCUCUCUCAAGAACUGGUACAAAGGUGAUGACCCCAACAAAGCUAUGAACCCCUUGGUGACCGGAAUGUUUGGAGCUGUAGCUGGAGCAGCCAGCGUCUUUGGAAACACCCCGCUAGACGUCAUCAAGACACGGAUGCAGGGUCUGGAAGCACAUAAAUAUAAAAGCACGAUGGACUGUGCUGUAAAGAUCCUGAGAUAUGAAGGCUUGAAAGCUUUCUAUAAAGGGACAGUUCCUCGGCUGGGCCGAGUGUGUCUGGAUGUGGCCAUAGUCUUCAUCAUCUAUGAGGAGGUGGUGAAGGUCCUGAACACGGUCUGGCAGACGGACUGACCUGCUGGACAAACGGAGAGGGCGGCUGCUUCCUGCUUCCUGCUUCCCAGGCAUCAGACACAGAUCUGAGUUUCACACACCUCUUCUGCAUCAUAAAACCAGCAGUUGAGGAGGGUGAGACAGAGAGCUGAACUCAGAUCAGUGUCAUAUGCUAACCAGGAAGUUCAAGCGCUCGUAGAAGAGAAGAAAGAGUGUCGCCAACAUCUGGACAGCUGGACUGUAUGCAGAGCACUGAGACAAGGGUCAGUUUCACAAGUGGGAUUAUAACGUUAGCCAAAUAACUGUGAAAAAAGAUGCUUCCUCCUCGAGAUCCAUCAUUUCUAAAUGUGAAACCUGAAUAUUAGGGUACAACAACAUUUUUUUGCAGCCUUUUUUCCAGUUAUCUGGUUCACUCUCUUGUAAACCUGCUUUGUAAAACACCCUUCGUCAGUGAAGAACUUUAUUUCUAGUCAUUCACAGCUGUUUUACUGAUGUUUACUGCUGGAUUUUCUUGAGUUAGUUGCUCUCUGGCUCUCUAAUAUGGUUUUAAAUCCAGAAAAAGAGGAGCCAGACUGCAGCUGGUUGCAGUUUACAGUCACAUAAACUGCUUCCAUAACUAUAAGCCUUUUAAUAGAACGAUUUUACAUUUAGAAUAAUGCUAAUUAUUUUUUAUACAGCGUAGAUUCUAAUUUAGUUUAUUACCAGCAUUAUAGUUUUAUUGUAAAGUAUAAUAUAUAUUUUAUUCCUGUGCCAAAUGCCGAACCUGUUAUACUAUGAAAGCGUGUUCGUGGUAAGAACAUGCAAAAGUAGCCUAAUGAUCUUAACGAGAGAAAAUAUUAUAUUGUGACAGACUUUAUAAAUGUAUUUAUUGAAAGUUGAAUGUUGAAUGUCUACACGGUUGAGGGAUUAUUUGCUUGUGCCACUUGUGUCAAGUUGUUUCUGUGAUCAGGUCUGGGUGUAAAGGUGUUUUUAAGAUGUUCUAUUGCUGUAUUUCACUGUGAGUCUAAUGACACUGAGUCAUACAGGCCAAGUAACCUCAGACCUUUUUCCUCUUCAAUGGAAGCACUCACAUCCUAACAUGAGGUUCCUACAGUACCACUUGAUGGUUAUUUGUCUAAUGCUUACGUCAGAAGCAGGUUUUAACCUCCACAAGAUAAUUAAUUGGAACACAAAGAAGAGAAAUAUCGUUCUGUUAUACACAUUUAUGUUAAUUUUUUUUCAGGAAAUCACUCGUGGGUGGAACUUCUCACAUUUGGUAGACAUGAUAUAUCACCGGUCACUGCUUCAUUCACUGUAAAGGGGUCACCCGCUAAAAAAGGGGUUGGGAAUCACAAUCUGUUCACAUCUAUUUCUAGUGCCGUUCUGUUUCAUUCAGGGUUUGUUUUUACUUCUCACUCGUGCCUUUUUGCUGUUGGUGUGUUUGUUGGUGAAUGCUACUUGAGAAAUAUCUAUUAUCCACUUGUUAACCCGGAGAUUUCUGUGGUCCAGUCGUGUUGUUUUUCUAAUAACAAAUGAUUAUGAAAACAGUCGUAAUCUGUCUGUAUUACUGUGAUAAUUGUAUUAAAAAUACUGAUGGAUCAUGAUUCUGAAAUAUAAUGUUGAAUUUUUUUCUGUUUGACCAAACAAAAUGUUUCUUACUGCCAAAUAGCCAAGAGAAGAUGUGAUUGUUAUAGCAAAUCAAUGUGUGUGAUGAACACCGUCCCGUCCAUUUGUCUGUGCUUAAUGUCACGUCCUUUGUUGUACCGGGGUAGGGGUGGUUUCAAAACUCAUUAAAACAAGCAUCUGAAAACUUGAAA